CGAGUGAUCUUGACAACCUAUCGAUCGUGAUGUAAGAAUACGGCAUAAAGUAUAUCGGAAACUAUAAACGUGUGUAAAAUCUUUUCCAUUAAUUUCGUUCAAAUUUAUUCCGAUAUUUAGAGGUAGAAAGUGUAAAAAAUAUUCUAACAAAAUUACGAAGCGUUCAUCGAUACGUAAACAUAUAGAAAAUGUUUUGAACUUUAAUUAUUCGUAAAGAUCGAUCAAGAUGUAUCCAACUGCUUCAACAACUGGACCGCAAGAUCAAAAUGGAGGAACUGACGGAUAGAUCGAUAAUGCUCAGUAAUGUUAGAGAAUAUCAUUGAUCACUUUGCUUGUCAACGUGAUUAGCAUGGAAUGGAUGGAUCCUGUCCACUCCUCUUUCCAUCUUUUGGGGAGAAAAAUAACUCUGAACGAGGAAUCGGAUAUACAGCACAGAAAGUGUCUUUAUACAGGCCAUCCUCUGAUGCAAUUGACCUUGGAUACCAUACUCUUGACAACAGUGGUUGCCGUGUGCCUUCCUCAUCUGCUAUUACAUCUGUACCUACGAGACAACAACCGCUGUCACAACAGAAAAGAGCAUAUGUUACAGGUCUUUACCAACUUGACGAUGAGUUGUUACUAAAAAUUUUCUCCUGGCUAAGUACUAGAGAUCGUUGUGCUUUGGCGCAAACUUGUAGACGUCUAUGGGAAAUAGCGUGGCAUCCAUCCUUAUGGAAGGAAGUUGAAAUACAAUAUCCUCAAAAUGCGACUAUAGCACUAAAUGCUUUAGCACAGCGAGGAUGUCAUUCUUGUAUUCGUCGUUUGAUAUUGGAAGGUGCCACAGGUCUUCCUGGAGUCUUUCGACAACUGCCAUUUUUAAGUUUAACUUCUCUAAUUCUGCGUCAUUCGCGACGCGUAACGGAUGCUAACGUGACUGCCAUUUUAGAUAAUUGCGUGCAUUUAAAAGAAUUAGAUUUAACUGGAUGCGUGAGUGUGACUAAAGCUUGUAGCCGGAUAACAUCGUUGCAAUUACAGUCGCUUGAUCUAAGCGAUUGCCACAAUAUUGAAGAUUCUGGUUUGGUAUUAACGCUCUCCCGUAUGCCACAACUUGCGUGCCUUUAUCUACGACGAUGCGCACGUAUAACCGAUGCCAGUUUCGUUGCUAUUGCAUCUUACUGUGGAAAUUUACGACAACUUUCUGUAUCUGAUUGCGCAAAAAUAACAGAUUUUGGUGUACGUGAAGUGGCCGCACGUCUAGGGCCAUCGUUAAGAUAUUUUUCUGUUGGUAAAUGCGAUCGUGUAUCUGAUGCCGGUCUGCUUGUGGUAGCCAGACAUUGUUAUAAAUUACGUUAUUUGAAUGCACGUGGUUGCGAAGCACUCAGUGAUAGCGCAACAUCGGCUUUGGCACGUGGAUGUCCACGGCUGAGAGCUCUUGACAUAGGAAAAUGCGAUAUCGGUGAUGCCACACUCGAGGCUCUUUCCACGGGCUGUCCUAAUUUGAAAAAGCUCUCUCUUUGUGGUUGCGAACGAAUCACAGAUGCUGGACUGGAAGCAUUAGCAUAUUACGUGCGUGGUUUGAGACAGUUAAAUAUCGGAGAAUGCCCUAGAGUAACUUGGGUUGGAUACCGCGCAGUUAAACGUUAUUGUCGUCGAUGUGUUAUAGAACAUACUAAUCCUGGUUUCUCCAGUUGAUCCAUAUUUACUUUAAUCUCCUGCUUCUACUAUCUGCGAUAUAUUUAUUAACAAAUAUCAAUUUCAUUGCUUAAUUAAAUAUUAAUUUAUAUAUAUAGAGAAAAAAAGCGACGUAUACUGAAAUAGAUUGUAAAAAUAUAUAUUUUGCGUCUUGCUUAAAAAACGCAUUUGCUAUUUAUUGUUUUUUUUAUAUUUUAAUACAUUAUACAAGGGUAAUAAAAUGUUAAAUUUUAUACUUUAAUAAAUGGAUGUCUUAUAACCUUCAUUCAAUGUUAUCGAAAAAGUAAUUACAUUUAAUUAGUUUGUCAUUUUCAGUAGGUAUUAUCAUAUUAGGAUAUCAGAUUUUCUACUUUUAGAUAUUUUAUCCAGAAUAAUAUUUUAAAUCACAUAAUAGAAAUAGUAUUACCUUAUUAAUUAAAUCAACUGGCUAUAAUACAAAUCUUUCAUUCAACAGAUUCACGCAUUUCUCACUGAUCCUUUAACAAUUUUAACAUCAUCGAUAGGCCUAUCAUUUUUAUCUGUUUCAACAAGACCAAUUCUUUUUACUAUUGCCAUACCAGAAUGAAUUCGCCCUGCUCAUAGAAAGACACAUGAUAUCAUUUAAAUUAGAAUCAUUCUCAUGAAAUCAUAAUUGUUAUACAUACAUAAUAAUAUUCUAUCUUACCAAAUAUAGUAUGCUUUCCAUCCAACCAUUGCGUAGGUGCUAAUGUGAUAAAAAAUUGAGAUCCAUUUGUAUCUGGUCCAGAGUUUGCCAUGGAUAAUAUCCCAGCACCAGUAUGUUUCAAAUCAUCAUGAAUUUCAUCAUCAAAACUAUCUCCAUAUAUAGACAUACCACCUUUUCCUGUAGCGGUUGGAUCUCCACCUGUGGGGACGCAUACAUUUAUAAUAUCAUAUGUAAUAUUCAAUAAGAAUUCUACAAAACACAACCUUGUUUUACCUUGUAUCAUAAAAUCGCGAAUUAUUCUAUGAAACUUUGUACCAUUGUAAUAUCCACGACGUGUCAAUUCAGCAAAAUUUCUACACGUUAUAGGUGCAUGUUUCCAGUAUAAUUCAAUGAUUAUUUCACCCAUACUAAAA